AUGCCGAGACCAACCUCAUCACCUGCUCAUAUUCGCUUCUUCUUCCCCUUCUUCUCCUACAUCCCCUGUGUCGUCUUCCUCUGCUUCCUCUCCCAUGCUGCAGUGUCUCAAAUCCAAGAUCAAGAAUUGCAAGUGCUGUUGAAGCUCAGGCAAUCCUGGCAAGACCCAUCGUCCCUCGACCGCUGGGUGGCCUCCAAUUCAUCCUCCCACUGCGCAUGGCCCGAGAUCAAAUGCCAAGAAGGCUCGAUCACCGAGCUCAAUCUUGUCAGCCUGAACAUAAAUUAUUCGAUCCCCCCAUACAUCUGCGACCUCAAGAAUCUGACCAAGCUCGAUCUCUCCUACAACUAUAUUCCUGGAGAGUUUCCCACUGUUCUCUACAACUGUUCCAAGCUCGUGUACCUCGACCUAUCCCAGAAUUACUUCGAAGGCCCUAUUCCAUCUGACAUCGAUCGCAUGGCCAAUCUUCAGGUCCUGAUUCUUGCCGCCAACAGCUUCUCGUUCGACGUUCCGGCAUCGGUAGCAAGGCUGCGGAGGCUGAGGAUCCUUCACCUUUACAAGUCCGAGUACAAUGGCACAUAUCCUGAAGAGAUUUUUGGCCUCUCUGAUCUCGAAGAACUGAGGCUCGAGUACAACAAGAAGUUCGUGCCAUCACAGCUACCGCAGAACUUCACUGUCCUGAAGAAGCUGCGGUUCUUCUCAAUGGCGCAGACGAACCUUUAUGGUGGAAUCCCGAAGACGGUCAGCGAUAUGGAGGCUCUUGAGCACUUGGAUUUGGGGAAGAAUCCACUGACAGGAGAGAUCCCGGGCAGCAUUUUUGCUCUGAGGAUCUUGACGGCUUUGCUCUUGAGUGGUAAUGGAUUAACUGGCGAGCUUCCCAAGGAGCUGUCCCCAAACCUCACUCGGAUCGAUCUGAGCAACAACAAAUUCUACGGCAAGAUUCCGACCACAGUGUCUUCGUGGAGGAACUUGGUGGUGUUCGAUGCUAGUAAUAACCUCCUCAGUGGCACGGUUCCGGCUGAAUUGACCGUGCUUCCUUCUCUGACGACGCUUUUGCUCGGUCAGAACAAGCUCUCCGGGAAUCUUCCCGCAGACAUUAUUUCAUGGAAAUCCUUGACCACUCUGGAUCUUAGUCACAAUAAGAUCUCGGGACCGAUUCCCAGCAAAAUCGGUCUUCUGCCUGUGCUCACGCAUGUGGACCUGUCUGACAACCAACUGUCUGGCCUGAUUCCUCCUGAAUUCGGCCAAUUGAAUCUGAACCUUCUGAAUUUAUCAUCCAAUCGCCUCAGUGGACCAAUCCCACCCAAGUUAGACGAAAUCGCAUAUGACGCCAGUUUCCUGAACAACCCCGGCCUCUGUGCAUCCAAUUCGUUCAUGAGGAUCAAUAUCUGCAACAACCAAUCCCAAAGAUCAAGCAAGACCAAUCUCACCUUGAUCAUGAUCUUGGCCAUUGCAGCGGCGAUGUGUGUUUUGUUGGUGGUGCUAUUCAUGAUCAAAGCUUCCAGAAAUAACAGGGACCAGGCGGAUUCAAAUUUGCAACUGUUGGAGCAGGUUUUGAGUGCUAUUGUUGAGAUUCUAUCAAGUUUGUUUGUAUGA